ACGCCGUACGUGCGCAAGGGUCUCAAGUUUGGAACGGUGUUUGAAAAGGACUUCCUAAAAGCGGUGCUUGAUCUGCAAGUUAAAGCAACUCGAGUGCGAGCCUUCAGUGAGGCGUUGAAUCGUGAGGUGGUACUGGAGGAUAUUUGCUACAAGCCACUGGAACCGGUGUCGUCCGAGUGUGGUGUCUUUAGUCCAUUGGAGUACUUUCAGAGCAAUGCAACGCUGUUGGAUACUGUGGUGGAGGGGAAGGACUACCUUGAUCACCUCAAAUUCUGCACCAAACUCAUAACCGCGGACAGAGGUCCUCUGGGUGGAUGCCGUGGUCGUACCGGUGCUCCGAUGUUUGGAAAUGUUGUCUUCGGUGGCCUUCAAGACGAUGACUACAUGCAAGCGACGGCAGUGGUGAUCACGAUUUUGGUGAAGAACUCUGUGGAUCAUGAGUCGCCGACAGUGCUGAUGGCGAGAGCGUGGGAGAGCGAGUUCAUUCGUGCAGUUCUUGCUUGGCGUGCUGCUCACCCCGAGAUUGUGGUUAGCUUUGCUGCUGAGGUGAGUCUCUGUUGA